UGUUGUCCAGGGGGCGUGGCCGAGAGCGCGCGCAGAAGCCUGGGCCGGGGCCAUGGAAGGGUCAGCCUCUGAGAAGCCGGCGCUGGACGCCAAGUCCGAAGUCACCAACCAGCUUAUAGAUUUUCAGUGGAAACUGGGGAUGGCUGUGAGCUCAGACAGUUGCAGAUCUCUUAAGUAUCCUUACGUUGCAGUGAUGCUGAAAGUGGCAGACCAUUCAGGUCAAGUAAAGAACAAAUCUUUUGAGAUGACAAUUCCACAGUUUCAGAAUUUCUAUAGACAGUUCAAGGAAAUUGCUGCUGUUAUUGAAACUGUGUGAAAACUGAUUACUUGGAUUGAUAAAUUGCUAUUUUAAAAUGAUGGAUCUCACCUGCAAAAGAACUGCACUUUCAUUUUUCCAGUUUUAAAAAAAAUCUAAAAAUCAGAUAAGCAGGAAUUAGUGGAGAUUGAUGCACACUUUGUAAAUGUACUGAAUUGAACUUUAUAGAGUGUAUUUCGUAUGUGAAUUAUGUCCUAAUAAAUCAGACAGUUGAGUGAUGUUGAAGACAAUUGUAGAAUUUCCAAGGGAAUGUAUUUAACACAGGAGAUAUAAUUUGUACAAUUAUUUUAUAAUAUUCAACCAAAAAGUCAAGUGGAGUGCAAGCAAUCUGUCCAAAUAUUAGAAACCUAAAGUAUCCAGCUGAAGGCUUAGAUCCCACGUCAAUGGCAGUACCCCGCAUUAGUCCAGCUGAAGACAUAGAGCCAUUGUGGUGAUCUCCAUGAGUCCAGCUGGAGGCCUAGAGCCCAAGACAAUGUCUCGUGCAACUCUUUAUCAAGGAUCUACGCUGGAAAGACCUGAAGGCCAGUGGUGGAAGCUAAAAGGUCUUAUACCAGCAGGAUGGAGGAUGUGUGCCAGCAGGCCGAGGGAUCUGCACUGGAGCCAGGAAAAUGAUGCUCAAAGUAAUUUUCAUACUUUAUCAUCUAAAGAGGGGAGAUUUAGAGCAAGAAUGUUGCUAAGUGUUCUUACUGUUGGUAGAGACUUAAGAUGUUUUUUAAAGUACGGACCAGAACUUCAAAAUGAACUGCAUCUAUGCUUAGCAACAGCAAGGACCUGAGCUCCCACUAUAAUUGCCAAGGUAGUACCGGGAAACCAGUGUGACAGGCUUCUCCAGGAGAAUCAACAGCACACCAUCUUCCUCUCCAGUUUUUUUGUGCUGUUGGCACUAAUCUUCAUGUGGGCCUUCCACAUCCAGCACCAUGCCAACUCAGUUCAGCUGGGUGUUACAAGUUGACUAUUAGUUAAUCCACAACAGUUCAGUUUUAUGUAUUAGAACAAUAAUUUGAAAAUUUAUAAUAAUACAGCCCCAUUUUAGAAAAAAAUUUGUGCAGAGUCCUAUAAACGCAUAUGUCAGAAAAAUAGUGUUUGAUUGCAGUCACUAUAAAUUUAACAUUCACUUGUAAAUCGAUUAGGGCUUUUUUCAAACCUUUGGAAUCAGUUUAAAACAGACCACUAUGCUCUUAAAUUACACUAAUAGUGGCUUCUAUUGUGGAAGUCCACUGCUAAGAAUAUCUAGUGUUUGUAGCAGAAAGCAGAACAUCACCUGGAAGCCCCUGUAUAGGCCAUGUUUGCCAUCUGUCUUACCUCUGAAGCCAGUGUAAUGAGAUAAAUGCAGUUCACCUUUAAAUUUCACAUGACAUGAUAAGAGAAUGUGUCAGUAUUUCAGGAUUCUACAUUUUAUCUAUUAAGAUGUGAUAUUUUAUCACAACAAAAGUAAAAUGUUGCUUUUUUUUUAAUUUUGGGGG